CGACCGAAGUUGGCAGCCGAAGGAUGGACGUCCAGGAGAUGCUCGAGAUGGUGCAGGUGAACCACCAAGCGGCCUUGGACGCGCUUGCAGCUCAAGUCAAGACGCUGCGCGAGACAGUCCAGCUCCAGCAGCUCGAGCUCCAGCAGCAGCGGGAAGCGCACGAACAAGCAGUCGCGACCCUCGAGAACGAUGCAACCAACCUGCGGCAGCUCCUUGAGCAGACACAGGCAGAGAACCAAGAGCUCAGCGCAACGGUGCAUCUCCUCAACGACGAGCUUAACGUCAAGUCGACUGCAAAGCGCCAUUCGCCGACGCCGAGCGAGCCCAACAUGCCCGUCCCGCCGUCGUACGAGAUGGAGGCACCCGCCUACGACAACAGCGCCGCGAGCCACACGAGCAUGGACACGUCCAUGGACUUUAGCUACCCGGCGCUAUGGGACCAGCCACAAGAGACAAUGGCGGCGCCUCUGCACGUGUACAACCUGUAUCAGAACGAUCGACUGUCGCGGCCGGCCAAGCUGGCCAGCUUCAAGGAGCCUGCUACCCACGAUAGCAACUCGCGCCUCGAGCACGAGCUCCGGCGCCUGCGCGAAAAGCUUGGAGCGUGUUCAACAGCGCUGUGAACGUGCUUCCGCCCGUGUUAUUUAUACAAGCCCUGUGGCAACAACAACGAUUGUAG